GCCAGUCCUCAAAGGGGGCUGCUUCCUCCCCCCUCCAGCUCCUCCCACAGACUCCACAAGCGAGAGGAGAGUGAAGGAAGAAGCCGCCUCUUCGGGGUGGAGCGCGGGCGGCCGGCAGCAGGUCGAGGAGUUUGCGUUUCUCACGGAGCCCAUCCGACGAACGUUUGGUGUAAAACUUGUUCGUCCGUUUGGAGGGGGGGACUCCCUAUCUUCGCCUUAUUUUAGCAACUUGUCGGAGCUGUUUUGCAGGCUUUGACCUCCGCUCGUGUCACCAUUUGGCGCUGGAUAUUUAUUUGGGAGGAGUUCUGUUUUGGAGAGCAACAGCUGGAAAGGGUGCACGAAAUGGACCCUGUGGUUUGACUGGCUGGCCCACCGGAUCCUCGGGCACGAAGCGUUGCCUGCCCCCUCGCUCUCCGCUGCACACCCCUUCCCGCAGGCAGCUAUUGAUUUUAAACCAGGCUGGAGUGUGAGCAAUGUGCAAAGUAUUGAAUUAAUUCUCCAGAGGAAUUUUCAACCUAGAUGAAAGGAUGGCCAAGGUUUUAGAUACAGAUGAAGGAUCUGCAGGAGCAUUUAAUGAAUUUAGCAACAUCAUUAAAUCCAGAUCUGAUGAGCAUGAUGAUGUACAAAAGAAAACAUUCACAAAAUGGAUAAAUGCUCGUUUUUCAAAGUGUGGAAAACUGCCAAUAAAGGAUAUGUUCCUAGAUCUUCGAGAUGGGAGGAAAUUAUUGGAUCUCUUGGAAGGUCUGACAGGGACUCCACUGCUGAAAGAACGUGGAUCCACAAGAGUACACGCCUUGAAUAAUGUCAACAAAGUACUUCAAGUUUUACAUCAGAACAAUGUGGAGCUAGUGAACAUAGGAGGAACUGACAUAGUUGAUGGAAAUCACAAACUGACCCUUGGAUUGCUAUGGAGCAUAAUUCUGCACUGGCAGGUUAAAGAUGUCAUGAAAGAUAUAAUGUCGGAACUGCAGCAAACAAACAGUGAAAAAAUCCUGUUGAGCUGGGUGCGCCAGUGUACUAGGCCUUAUACUGAGGUUAACGUUUUGAAUUUUACCACAAGCUGGACUGAUGGCCUUGCCUUCAGUGCUGUGAUCCACAGGCACAAACCUGAGCUCUUUGGCUGGAAUAAAGUAACCAAAAUGACUCCAGUUGAAAGAUUAGAACAUGCCUUCAACAUAGCCAAAAAUUACCUGGGGAUAGAAAAAUUAUUAGAUCCUGAAGAUGUUGCUGUACAACUUCCAGAUAAGAAAUCAAUUAUCAUGUACUUGACAUCCUUAUUUGAAGUCCUUCCUCAAAAAGUUACUAUGGAAGAUAUUAAAGAAGUGGAGACCCUUCCAAGGAAGUACAAAAAGGAAUGUGAAGAAGGAGAUGUGCAGAGUGCAACAUCAGAAGAUGAUUAUGGAGGUUCAAGAGCAGAGACACCCAGCACUGUGACAGAAGUGGAUAUGGACCUGGAGAGCUACCAAGUAGCACUAGAAGAAGUUCUCACAUGGCUUCUCUCUGCUGAGGAUACAUUCCAGGAGCAGGAAGAAAUAUCCAAUGAUGUUGAAGAAGUCAAGGGACAAUUUGCUACACAUGAAGCGUUUAUGAUGGAGUUGACUGCACACCAGAGCAGUGUGGGUAAUGUGCUUCAGGCUGGUAAUCAACUGAUAGCCCAGGGCAAUCUGUCAGUGGAGGAAGAAAGUGAAAUCCAAGAACAAAUGACACUGCUGAAUUCUAGAUGGGAGACUCUCAGAGUUGAUAGCAUGGACCGGCAAUCCCACCUCCAUGAUGUGUUGAUGGAGUUACAAAAGAAACAACUUCAACAGCUGUCUGAUUGGUUGACUGCUACAGAAGGACGUAUUCAAAAGAUGGAAUCUCAGUUCUUGGCUGAAGACCUGGAGUCUCUUCAAAAGAAGAUGGAUGAACACAAAGGGCUGCAAAAUGAUCUUGAAACAGAGCAGGUUAAAGUCAAUUCACUGACUCACAUGGUGGUCAUUGUUGAUGAAAACAAUGGUGAGAAUGCCACAGCGAUCCUCGAGGAACAACUACAGAGACUUGGUGAACGCUGGACAGCAGUUUGUCGUUGGACUGAGGAACGAUGGACCAAGCUACAACAGAUCAAUAUCUUAUGGCAGGAAUUGUUGGAAGAGCAGUGCUUAUUGAAAGCCUGGUUAACUGAAAAAGAAGAGGCUUUAAACAAAGUACAAACAAGCAACUUCAAAGAUCAAAAAGAGCUUGGUGUGAAUGUUCGAAAGCUGGCAAUUCUGAAAGAAGAUAUGGGAAUGAAGCGUCAAACAUUAGAACAGCUGAAUGAGGUAGCCCAUGAUGUUGCACAGCUCCUUAACAAUGAGCAGGUGUUGAAGAAAAUUGACAGUGAUCUGGAUGAACUAACACAGAGGUGGGACAGAUUAGUUCAGAAGCUUGAGGAUUACUCCAAUCAGGUUACUCAGGCAGUUGUAAAUGUUGGAAUGCCUCAGGUUUCACAGAAGUUCAUCACAGAAACUUUCCUAGUCAAAGAGCAAAAAAAAGUUAAACACUCUACAGAAGAAGAGUCUUCUCUGCCUGUUCCCCUGGCAAAGAAAAGACAACCAUGCCUGGAUACUGAAGUGAAGAAAAAGCUUGAUUCUGAGAUUGCUGAACUAUUGAACUGGGUUUUGAAAUCAAGAGCUGCGAUUCAGGCCAUAGAGAUCAAACAGUACAAGAAGAAGAGAGAGACAUCAGACAUGAAAGACAAGUUGAAGGUAAUAGAAAAAGAAAGAAGUGAAAAAAAGAGAAUGUUGAAUGAACUGGAACAGGCUGGACAAAAUAUGCUGGACCAAAUGGGAAAAGAAGGGCUUCCUACUGAAGAUCUAGCAAAUGCCCUAGAAAAGCUGGCAGCCGAAUGGAAAGGGACAGUUUUGCAUUUGGAAGAAGCAGCAAGAAAAAUACAAUGCCAGGAUGAACUCAACAUUUAUUUUAGGCAAGUGGAUGAGCUUGAUAGAACUUUGUGUGAAAAGGAGUUAUGGCUGAAAGAGAACUCUGCUUCAUCACCUCAACAUCAGUGUUUAGCAGCUCUAAAGGAGUCAUGUCAGAUGGAACUCACUCAUCUGUUAAGUCUGACUCCACAAAUUGAACAUCUGAAAGACAAGUGCAAGGCCCUUGAAUUACGGUCUGUUUCUCCAAACUUUAUUGAAGAUAGCCUCAUCUCUGUGACUGACUCCUUCAGGUCUUCCCAGCAGAAACUGGAGGUUUUUCUACAACAGUUGAAGAAAGCAGAAUCUGAAAAUCAGCCUUCUAAGGAUUAUGUGGAUGCUUUGAAAAAACUGAAGGAUGAGCUGAAUGAAUUAGAAAGCAAGGUUCAAUCCAGCAUGAAUACAGUGAAUGAUCUUAGUAAAGUUGAAAGAGCCUUGCAACAAACAAAGACAGCUUAUGAAACUCUGGAAAAUCAGAAAAGCAUGAUAGAUAAACUUGCUGUGGAUACACAGGUCUUAGAGAAGCAUAUUCCAGAUGAAAAAGCAAAGCUCUACAAGCAAGAAUUCAAAUGUCUUCAGGGAUAUAGGGAGAAGUUAAAGCUGAAGAUUUCUAAAGAUGUUCAUCUACUUGAAGAAAUUAUGUCCAAACUGAGUCUGUUUGAGGCUGAUUUAAAACUGGUACAAAGAUGGCUGGAUGGUGUAAAAGACUUCUUAAUGAAAGAACAAACCAUCCAAAGAGAUCCUGAAGUGCUUCAAAGUCAGCUUGAUCAAUGUAUGUUGUUUGUUCAUGAAAUGGAGAAGAUUGAGUUGUCUUUAAAAGAGAUGAAAGAAAUCGACUCUGCUUUAAGAGGCCAGCCUAUUAAUGUUUGGGUGAAAUCCAAGCUGACAGAUGUCCAGUCACAGUGGGAGAAACUGAGCAAGCAGAUUAUUAGUCAUAAAAAUCAAUUAUCUGAAAGUCAAGAAAAAGCGGUAAACCUCAAAAAGGAUUUGGCAGAGAUGCAAGAAUGGAUGUCUCAGGCUGAAGAGGAAUAUCUGGAGAGAGAUUUUGAAUACAAGUCUCCAGAUGAAUUGGAGAAUGCUGUGGAGGAGAUGAAGAGAGCAAAGGAGGAUGUGCUGCAGAAAGAAGUACGGGUGAAAAUUAUGAAAGACAACAUCAAAAUGUUAGCUGCUAAACUGCCAUCUGGUGGUCAGGACUUAACAACUGAGCUUAAUCUUGUACUGGAGAAUUACCAGCUACUCUGCAACAGGAUCCGAGGGAAAUGUCACACUCUGGAGGAAGUUUGGUCUUGCUGGAUUGAGCUGUUGCAUUAUCUGGACCUAGAAACAACUUGGCUCAACACUUUGGAAGAGAGGAUAAAAAGUUCUGAAAAUUUACCAGAUAGAGCAGAUGCUGUUAAUGAAGCCCUUGAGUCAUUGGAAUAUGUCCUGCGCCAUCCAACUGAUAAUCGGACUCAGAUUCGGGAGCUUGGCCAAACACUCAUUGAUGGAGGGAUCCUUGAUGAAAUCAUCAGUGAAAAACUAGAGAUUUUCAAUGCCCGUUAUGAAGAAUUAAGUCAUGUGGCAGUGAGCAGGCAGAUUUCCUUGGAACAGCAGCUUCAGACAAUGAGGGACACAGAACGCAUGUUACAAGUUCUACAAGAAAACUUGAAGGAUUUGGACAGGCAGCUAACUUCCUAUUUGACUGAUAGAAUAGAUGCCUUCCAAAUGCCACAGGAGGCCCAGAAAAUCCAAGCUGAGAUUGCUGCUCAUGAAUCCACCUUGGAAGAACUAAAAAAGAAUGCAAGGUUGGUGAUGCCAGCUUCCCCAGAAUGCAGAUCUCCUCGCGGUGGGACUCAUCUGGAUACUUUGCAGAGGAAACUCCGGGAAGUAUCCACAAAAUAUCAGCUCUUCCAGAAGCCAGCAAAUUUUGAGCAGCGUAUGUUGGACUGUAAACGGGUUCUGGAUAGUGUAAAGGCUGAACUUCAUGUCUUAGAUGCUAAGGAUAUUGACCCAGAUGUUAUUCAGUCUCACUUCGAUAAGUGCAUGAAACUGUAUAAGACCCUUAGUGAAGUUAAGCUUGAAGUGGAGACUGUAAUUAAAACAGGAAGGCAAAUUGUACAGAAACAACAAACUGACAAUCCUAAGACCAUGGAUGAACAACUGACAGCAUUGAAAUUUCUUUAUAAUGACCUAGGAGCACAGGUAACUGAAGGGAAGCAGGAUCUGGAACAGGCAUUGCAGCUGUCAUGUAAACUCAAGGAAGUAUCUCUUUGCUUGUCAAAAUGGCUAGAGGCUACUGAGGCUGAGUUAGUGCACAAGUCUACCACAGAGAGUUUGCUUACUGAUCUGGACACUGAAAUUGCAUGGGCUAAGAGUGUGCUGAGAGAACUGGAAAGGAAGAAAGUUGAUCUUAACAACAUAACAGAAAGUAGUGCAGUACUCCAGACGUUGAUUGAAGGCAGUGAGACUUCUUUGGAGGAAAAGCUUUGUGUCCUUAAUGCUGGAUGGAGUAGAGUUCGAACUUGGACAGAAGACUGGUGCAACACACUUUUGAAUCACCAAAGUCAACUGGAGAUUUUUGAUGAGAAUGUUGCCCACAUAAGCACUUGGCUGUACCAAGCUGAAGCCCUUUUGGAUGAGAUUGAGAAAAAGCCAGCCAGCAAGAAAGAGGAGACAGUGAAGCGCCUAAUAUCAGAACUGGAUGAUGUUAGUCUCAGAGUAGAUAAUGUGCGUGACCAAGCUAUUAUCUUGAUGAAUGGCCGUGGAGUGUCAUGCCGUGAGCUUGUAGAACCUAAGCUGGCUGAAUUGAACAGAAACUUUGAAAAGGUGUCACAGCACAUCAGAAGUGCUAAGAUGCUUUAUAAUCAGGAAAUGUUUGCCAAGCAAGAACCCCAGGAAACUGAUGUGGCAUCCACAGACCUUGAUAAAUUUGAGUGUAAAUUACAGGACAUGCUGAAGGUUGUAGAGAAGCACAUGGAAUCAAAAGAUGAUGAUGAAAAGUUGGAUGAAGAGAGGGCUCAAAUUGAGGAGGUUCUACAAAAAGGUGAGCAGCUAUUACAGCAGCUUACAGAAGACAGCAGACGAGAGAAAAUUCGUUUGCAGCUUUUGCUUCUGCAGACCAGGCAAAGCAAUGCUAAGGAGCUUAGGUCAUUGCAAAAGAGACACAUGGUAGGACUAUCACCUUUAUUCUCCCAGUAUAAGGCAGAGCAAGACACUGAUUUGCAUUGGCCCAGUGAAACAGAUGGAAGCUUUUCUGGACUACAGGAAGCAGAUGAUGAGGGGAAGCUACAGUCAAUCCCACAGAGAAUCCAAGGUCUUCAUUCGCCGACAAUCAGGGCAUCUCCAUUCCCUGCAGAGUACUUGGUUGAAAUUAACAAGAUUUUGCUGGCUAUAGCUGAUGCUGAACUCCUACUGAAUGCCCCAGAACUUCAUUCUGGUAUUUAUGAGGAUUUUUCUGCUCAAGAAGAUUCAUUAAAGAACAUAAAAGACAUACUGGACAAACUUGGGGAACAGAUUGCUGUUAUUCAUGAAAAACAACCUGAUGUUAUAUCAGAAGCCUCUGGACCUGAAGCUAUUCAAAUAGGGGAUUCGCUAAUUCAGUUGAAUGCAGAAUGGGACAAAAUUAACAGGAUGUAUAAUGAUCGCAAAUGUUGCUUUGAUAAGUCUGUGGAAGAGUGGAGACAGUUCCAUUGCGAUCUGAAUGAUCUCUCACACUGGUUAACUGAAGCAGAAAGGUCGUUGGCUGAAGCCCAUGCUCCAGACGGUAGACUGGAUAUAGAGACAGCAAGGAUACACCAGCAGGAACUUGAAGAGGGAGUCAGCAGCCAUCAGACCAGCUUUUUGAUAUUGAACAGAACAGGAGAAGGAAUCAUACAGAAACUCUCCACUACAGAUGGAAGCUUCCUGAAAGAGAAAUUAGCAGGGUUAAAUAAACGUUGGAAAGCGAUCACUGCUGAAGUUAUGGAAAGACAACAGAGAUUGAAAGGGGAGGAUCAACAAUUAAUAGACUUCACAAGAAAGCUUGAAGAAUUUAGUUGCUGGCUGGAAAACAUAGAAAAUGCUCAGGGUGAGAAACCUUCAAUCAGCCAUGAAGAAAAUCUGCAAGAACUAAUGGGCUUGAUUGAAGAGAUGGAAAUGCAAGGAGAAAAACUCAAGUGGCUAAACAGAAAUGAACCAGAUUUGCUUUCAAAUAAAAGCAUUGGGCUACAAGAAAGAGAGAAUAUUUCUGAUAGAUUGAGGACCUUGAAUAUGAAAUGGAAGAAGGUGUUCAGAGAUGCACCCAACAGAGUAAAAGAACUAGAGGCAUGCAUUCAUCAACUCCGCCUUGUUCCACAGACAAAGCCCUCUGGUUAUCCUGUUCUCCAAAAGAUGGUGCUAGUGUCCUCUGCCUCUGAAAAUGUUGCUCAAACACAGCAGCCUUUGGAAAUCUCUGCACCUGCUGAUCUGGAUAAAACUACAACAGAGCUGGCUGACUGGUUGGCAUUGAUUGACCAGAUGCUGAAGUCCAACAUAGUUACUGUGGGAAAUUCUGAGGAAAUCAAUCGGACAAUUGCACGCAUGAGAAUAACAAAAGAAGAUUUAGAACAUCGGCAUCCUCAGUUGGAUUCUGUUUUUACCUUGGCACAAAAUCUGAAAAAUAAAACAUCGAGUUCUGAUGUUAGGACAGCAAUCACAGAAAAAUUGGAGAAAGUGAAGAACCAGUGGGAUACUACACAGCAUGGGGUAGAAGUACGUCAACAGCAGUUAAGACGCAUGCUUUCUGACAGCAUGAAAUGGGAUGACCAGAAGCAAGAAAUGGAGAAACUGAUUGGGCAGUAUGAGAUCCAUCUGCGUGCCAUUUUGCAAUCCCCUCAAGAAAAGCUUACCAAGCAGAUUUCUGAAAACAAAAUGUUAAUACAAGAGCUAGAUAAAGGGGAUGUUAAAAUGAGUCAAUUCAAUGAUCUAUCCAACAAACUUCUUCAAGACUACAGUGGUGAUGAUACAAGAAAGGUGAAGGAAAUUAUGGAUCAUUUGAAUACCUCAUGGAAUAACCUGAAACAACGAACUUGCAGUAGGCAGAAUGCUUUGGAGGCUGAACUGAAGGCAGUACAUGCCUUGCUCAAAGACCUUGAAAGUUUCCUCAAGUGGAUACAGGAAGCAGAAGCUACGGUUAAUGUCCUUGCAGAUGCAUCACAGCGGGAACCUGCCACUCAGGACAGCACUUCUGGAAUGGAACUGAAAAAACAGAUAGCGGACAUCCAGGCUGAAAUUGAUGCCCACAAUGACAUCUUCAAGAGUAUUGAUGGAAACAGGCAGAAGAUGGUAAAAGCCUUGGGAAACUCUGAGGAAGCUGCACUGCUACAGCACCGCAUUGAUGAUAUGAACCAACGGUGGAAUGAUCUGAAAGCAAAGUCUGCCAGUAUCAGAGCUCACUUGGAAAUAAGUGCAGAGAAAUGGAAUAAGUUGCUGACAUCAUUGGAAGAACUUAUCAAAUGGCUGAAUCUGAAAGAUGAAGAGUUAAAGAAGCAAAUGCCUGUUGGUGGGGAUGUUCCAACUUUACAGCAACAGUAUGACCACUGCAAAGCACUAAGACGUGAACUGAAGGAUAAAGAGCAGGCUAUUCUAAAUGCUGUAGACCAAGCACGAGUGUUCCUUGCGGAUCAGCCAAUAGAAGGUCCUGAAGAACCAAGAAAAACCUUGCAUUCAAAGUCAGAGUUGACCCCUGAAGAAAAAGCACAGAAGAUUGCCAGAGCGAUGCGUAAGCAGUCUGCUGAAGUGAGAGAGAAGUGGGAAAGCCUCAAUACCUGUGCCAACAGUUGGCAGAAGCAAGUGGACAAAGCACUAGAGAAACUGAAGGACUUACAGUGUUCUAUGGAUGAUCUAGAUGCUGAUCUGAGGGAGGUAGAGAAUGUGCGAAGCAAUUGGAAACCUGUUGGAGAUAUACCGAUGGAUUCAUUGCAGGAUCACAUUGACAAAACGACAGCAUUUAGAGAUGAAAUUGCACCAAUCAACUUGAAAGUCAGAGCUGUCAAUGAUUUAUCCAGUCAACUCUCUCCACUUGACCUCCAUCCAUCAUUAAAGAUCUCACGACAGCUAGAUGAUCUCAAUAUGCGCUGGAAACUUUUACAGGUAUCUGCAGAGGAUCGCCUUAAACUACUACAAGAAGCACAAUGGGAUUGUGGGCCUGCUUCUCAAAAUUUUCUUUCCACCUCUGUUCAGCCACCAUGGCAAAGAUCUGUUUCACAUAACAAAGUUCCAUACUACAUCAAUCACCAGACUCAAACAACCUGCUGGGAUCACCCUAAAAUGACUGAACUCUUCCAGUCAUUAGCUGAUCUGAACAAUGUGCGUUUUUCUGCUUACCGGACAGCCAUCAAGAUUCGGAGACUACAAAAGGCACUGUGUUUGUCAACAACAUCAGGAGAAGACGUACGAGAUUUCACUAAAGUGCUAAAGAAUAAGUUCCGGUCAAAGAAAUACUUUGCUAAACACCCUCGACUUGGCUAUUUACCAGUACAAACAGUCCUAGAAGGUGACAAUUUGGAAACUCCCAUCACACUCAUCAGUAUGUGGCCAGAGCAAUAUGAUCCUUCCCAGUCUCCCCAACUAUUUCAUGAUGACACGCAUUCCAGGAUAGAGCAAUAUGCCAACAGGUUAGCCCAGAUGGAACGGACCAAUGGUUCCUUUUUCACAGAUGGGAGCUCCACCACAGGAAGUGUGGAAGAUGAGCAUGCCCUUAUCCAACAGUACUGUCAGACGCUGGGAGGUGAAUCACCCAUAAGCCAGCCACAGAGUCCAGCACAGAUCUUGAAGUCUGUAGAGAAGGAAGAACGAGGAGAACUUGAGCGCAUCAUUGCUGACCUUGAGGACGAACAAAGAAUGCUGCAGGUGGAAUAUGAGCAACUCAAAGAGCAGCAUCUUCGAAGGGGCAUAAAUGCCCCAAGCUCACCCCCUGACAUGGCUGUGUCACCCCAGCACACAUCUGAAGAUGCUGAGCUCAUUGCUGAGGCCAAACUUUUACGGCAACACAAGGGUCGUCUGGAGGCUAGGAUGCAAAUAUUGGAAGAUCACAACAAACAGCUGGAAUCUCAGCUCCACCGACUACGACAGCUGCUUGAGCAGCCUGAAACGGAUGCCAGAGUUAAUGGAGGCUCUUCCUGUGCUUCACCUCAGCGUUCUAGCCUCAGCUAUUCCCCAGAUCAGGAUACCAGUUCACAGUUUAAUCAGGCAGGUGUAGAUGACUUGUUAGUCCCACCCCAUGAUACUAGCACAGAUCUAACAGAUGUCAUGGAACAAAUCAACAGCACAUUUCCGGCUUGCCGCACAAAUCUUGCUGGCAGGCCACAGGCAAUGUGAAGUUUUAUUUGGAAGACCACCUAUUCUUCCUGCCAUCCAGUAGAGGCCCUUUUCUACAAAUGCCAGUAUCAAGUUCCCGUAAUUAUAUGGCUGCAUGGGACCGUGUACUAUACUGUUUAGCUCUGUGUGUUCUUAUUUCCAAUGAGAAAACACUUGAACUACCCAAAGAUGAGGAUGUUGUGAUUUUAUAAUAUUGUGUGUGUUUCCCCUCCUCAUUCCCUCUCUAUGCAAAUGUAAAUUAACAGACUGUGGAGUAUUUGGAAAUGGUUAUACAUAUGUCAUUGAUUUAUAUAAUAUGCAGUAUCAAGAAAGGGGGUGAGGGUUUAAUAUCCAUUCUUUUUUGAUAUUGCUUAAGUGAAUUGCAUACAGAGUUUGGGGUAAAGUGUUACAUUUAUACAUUCCUUUUAGCUUUUUGCAUUUACCAUUUCAAGUACCUUCUUUUCUGACUCUCAUGCACAGGCUAUUUCUACAUAGCCUAAUAGUUUCAAAACGUGAACAGCAUAUAAAAUUCUCAUAACCCUCACAGUUAGUAUUUGACAAAUACCAUUUCUGGCUGCCUGUAAGCACAUAAGACUCUAUUUUGCCCCAGCUAACCUCAUUCAACUGCAGUAAAUGCUGGCACUAAAAUAGCAUUUUAAUGGAUUCUUUCUCCCAACUGAAUACGGACUAAUCGUUUCCUCCAGACUUUGUUUUGACUUUAAAAUGUGAGGUAAACUGCAUUUUGACUUCAUACAGUCAUUCUGGAUAUAUGUGAUUUUAGUUUUCUGCAGGGGAAACAUUAUGACCUAAUUGUGCCAAAAUCUGUCAAGUCAUUUGUGUGAAGCACCAGUGCAAAAGUUAAGGUCCAAACAUGAAAUUAUUGCAUUCUCCUUUCUUAAACCUUAAUAAAUGAACAAACUCCGAACACUAGUGCAGAAAAGCAUUCUUUUAUGUCAAAACAAUUAGCUGAAUAAUAUCAGCCAGUUUCAUCAUGUACAUCAUCUUAAAGUGUUAGUGUACAUGUUUUAAAGGGAGAGAAAACAGAGAUUUGCCCUGUCAUCGUUCCUUCACUGUUGCAUUUGAGGAUCUGCAUGGGAAUUCACCGCCAUGGGUCAGUACGUUGCAUGUGUGCAAUCAGCAACGAGGGAGCCAAAUGGCUUUGGGAAAUUCCAUUCUGUGAUUUUCUGAAUAGUUUUGUCCCGUAGUGAAGCCUGCUGUUGUAUUUUACCAGGUGAUGCCCAUCAGAAGAGCUGAUAUCCAAAAUAACUCUGUAGUCAGAGCCAUAAUCCCAGGGUGAUACUUAGUUUCCUGAUGCCGAUCUCAUUUCAAUCAUCAGUUUACUCAUUUUUCACCUCUAAAGCAUGGCCGGUAAUAGUUUGAGCUGUGCUCAGAGGUAUUAUGAGGCUCAGAUUAGGUUAUGUAUGUUACAUAUUCUGAUGAUUCCAAGUGCUAUCUAAAUGAAAAGUAUUAUUUUUUGAGUGGGGAGGGGGGAGUUGCCAAAAGCAGGAAACAGAAAAGCAGAUUAAUAUGUGGAUUUUUCAUCUAGAAGGAAAUAUAUUUUGGUAUAAUAUUUUGAGAAGGAAAAAAAGUUUUGCAGAAAAGGAAAGCCAUGACCACCUUUCUACCUCAAACCCAUUUUUGAAUAUUUAAUUUUGGAAACAGCUUAAUGUCCUGGUUUUUGCAAUGUCCUAUUCUUUUGCCAGAUCAUCAAAGAAAAAUAGCCCCCCUUUGAAAAGACUUUAGUAGAAAUAAUCCCAGUAAUGAAUAUGAUGGCUUUUUUGUUGUUGUUCUGACAAAAAGGUUAUGUACGAAUUGCUUUUCUGCUUGUGUUUGUAUGCAAAUUCUGUCCUCUACUUUGCUGACAAGUAAAAGCUACUUUCAAACAUUACAUUGUAACAUUCUUCCUCUGAGACACUGAUAAAUAAAAAGGAAUAUGUUACAGUAACAUCUCAAAAGAAAACGUAUGUAGUUCUUUUGAAUUUUGGUAUUAAACUAUCACACUUUCCUUUUCUAAUCUGGUUACGUGGGAUGACUUUCACUCUGAAUAAAAUUAAUUUUUAAGUGAA